AUCGUUGAAAGUACCCGCGUUAUAACGACCAAGAGAAAUCUAACAAAUCAAGCGCCCCUUAGUACUCAGCUGUAAGCCUGCAACUCUCUAAAACAACCUAAAUGAGCUCUUACUUUGUAAACUCGUUCUCGGGGCGCUACCCAAAUGGCCCCGACUAUCAACUGCUAAAUUAUGGAGCCGGCAGCGGCGCAAUGAACGGCGGGACGUACAGGGACUCUUCCUCCGCCAACAUGCACCAUGCGACGGGCUCUUACGGCUACAGCUACAAUGGCAUGGACCUGACCGUCACCAACCGGGGAGGGGGGAGCAGCGGCACCGCCAACACCGGAGGACACUUCGGUGGUGGCUCGGUCGUCGGGGACUCCCGGGGCUUCGGCUCGCCAGCCCCGGAGACGGGCUUCAGACAGCCGUCCAGCUGCUCCCUCGCCUCUGCGGCAGAUUCUCUCCUGUCAACCGGCAGUGGAGACAGCAAACUGGGCGCCCAGUGUUCGUCUCCCCGCUCGGAGCAACCAGGAAGCGGUAAUCUCAGCUCUCCAAACCUGUCCUCCACCUCUUCCUCCGGCGGUGGCGGCGGCGGCACGGCGCAGCGCUUCACGGACGUGGACGACGAGUCGCCAGAGACCGAGGAGUUGCAGCAACACACCCGGGACGCCAGCCACGGCAGCAACCCGACGCCCAGGACCGGACACCCGCAGCCCGGGCAGAGGCAAGAGGGCGGCCCGGCGGGAUCCGCCGCUGGCAGCACGACGGGCAGCGACUCUCAGCCACCACAGAUAUUCCCCUGGAUGAGAAAACUGCACAUUAGCCAUGAUAUGACAGGCCCGGACGGGAAACGGGCGCGGACGGCUUACACCCGCUACCAGACGCUCGAGCUGGAGAAGGAGUUUCACUUCAACCGGUACCUCACGCGGCGGCGACGUAUCGAGAUCGCGCACGCGCUCUGCCUCACGGAGCGGCAGAUCAAGAUCUGGUUCCAGAACCGGAGGAUGAAGUGGAAGAAGGACAACAAACUGAAAAGCAUGAGCCUCGCCACUGCCGGCAGCGCCUUCCAACCCUAGAAAUGUUGAAAUUCAAAAAGAAACUUCCAUCUCUUUGGAAUUGUUAAUGUACAGGCUUCCCCCAAGGUGGGAAAAGAGAGACAGAGUUGGGGGGAAAAAAGAAAGAAAACUUGAAGAAAAACAUCAGAAGAAGCCAGCAGAAAAUGGAGCAAAAGAAGACGGUGAUGAAGAGAAAUGUGUACAAACAGAUUCCAAAAAAACCUAGAUUUGAAAACACUUCUUCUUAUCAACUGAGUACUGUACAGCAGCGCAGCACUUUUCCUUUGGUCGGCAUGUUGGUAUUUGGUGUUUUAGGGCAACGUAAAAAAAACUGUGGUACUUGCUCUUGUAAAGAAAACAAAAAUUUGUGUUCUUGUAUGUCGUCGUCGUUUUUUUAAAAAAAAAAAAAAAAAAGCUGUCCGGAGCAGAGGAGUUCCUCGAAAAUAAGGAAAGGAUGAAUAAUGCUACCUAACUACGUUUCUACCUAUAUGUCCUACCUUACAACCUUGCUACCUACUUGUUGUUUAAUGUCUUAAUAUCGUCUAAUAUGUGUCAAGUGCGAUGUUUUAUAAUUGACAAUGUGCUUUCGAGAAAUGUAAGCAUGUGAGCUCUUAUUGUAAGUUGUUUACAGCCAAUAACGUGUAUAGUAUACUAGUUUGAGUCCCCUCUCACUUUCUCUAUCUCUGUCAGCUACUUGUCAUCUGCACCUUCUUUUUUAGGAAGCAGAGGAGGUGUGUGUGUGUGUGUGUGUGUGUGUGUGAGAGAAAACAAACUCCCUACCCAUCCAUAAUGUUGUGUAUAGCUCUACUAUUCAAAAAAAAGUGUAACUGUAUGAUAUUGUUAUUAUUAUUGUAAUUAUUGGAUACAUGUUUCAGAAGGGAUGUAUAUAGAUAUAUAUUGACAUUUUUAAAUGUGACCAGUUGGCUAUUUGGAGUUGCAUAAGUGUGUGCGUGUGUUUGAGAGCGUGUGCGCGCUCACGUGUUUGUUUGGUGUGAGAGAGAGUGUGUGUGUGUGCGCAUGUAAGAGAAAUGGCUACCGUCCCUUACGGCCUGUAAGCUUUCUGCCAAUGAGCUUUUUGUAUUUGUUUGUAACUUGGAGUAAAAAAAACAACAACAACAAU